CACCCAAAAAAAAAAAAUUAUGGAAAGACACGGAGUAAGAAGAUUUUACUCUGCGUCCGAAGUCUUGGAGCUCGUCACCGCUCAAGAUGGCCAAAAUGAGGAGAGGUAUUCUUCAGACCCUGAUACUGCAGACACUGAUGAGGAAGAGGACUUCAUCGAAGGGAUCGAUAAACUUCAUGAUAUUACAGGCAAUAUCGUGGAGGAGAAAGAUGGCGAUCUGAAUGAGGAUGAUGAAGAGGACAAUAACGGUGUGGUGGCAGGUGCAAGUAGAGGAAGAAAAAGAAGUCGGGAGGGUCCAGCUAGUAAAAGGAGAGGCAAAAGGUCAGAAACUCAUGUGGACACUCAAGUCAAGUGGAAAACAGAGAAGGAGACUGAUCAUUUGCUGCACCCCCCACUCCAUUUCCGGUACAAGACGGUCCUGCACCAUUUCAUAGAUAUAGCUGUGACAAACAGCUAUCUGAUUCACAAAGAGAUGUGUGCACAGCUGGAGCAGAAGGCUCCAAAACACCAGGCUUUCCAGGAGCAACUGACAGUAGCGCUUUGUGGAGUAGAGCCACAAGCAGCUCCGACUACCAGCUAUCGGCACCUGCCUGUUGCAAUUUUUGAAGGGGCAUCCGUUGAAGACAAAGCAACAAAGGGAAGGAGAAAGUGCAAGCUUUGUGGAAAAUGCACUCCAUUCAUGUGUGAAGCUUGCAAACUUCCUCUCUGUGUUAUUGUGGACAGGAACUGCCACAAGGACUUCCACAGCUCCAGUGGGCAUGCUAAAAAAUAAAGUCCUUGCUCUCAUCAUGACAUUUUGUCAUGUGGACAGACAUUUUCUCAUGUGAAUACACAAAGACUGACACACUUUCAUUUAAAUGUUUGUAUUUUAUUGUUGAUGUACAAUGUGCAAUGUAUCUUCUGCACUUCUUUUUUCUAAUUGCACUGAUAAAAGCAUUUUUUUUAUUUUCCCUCGUUUUAUUGUUUUUAGAAAAUUGGCUGUAACUUUGAAACGAAGCUUUGAAAAAACUCCAAAUAAAUUGUGUUUGGUUUAGAA